UGGAGGCGAGAUUUUAAGUCGCUCUUUUGUCUCCAGCUCUGUGGUAUCGUUUGUCAACAGGCUUCGCCUCUGCCCCUCUUCUGGUUUACAAUUCCCCACUCUUAGUCCCUUGCGGGCUCUGAAUUUCCAUAACUACAUUUGGGAGGAUUGUGUUUAAAGGAAACCUAAGGGAGAUACUUGUGGCUUUUUACUUUUUUAUAGUUUAGCUUUUUCAUUUCACAACAUGCCCAUUUGAGAAUGCGGCUAAGCAGAAGAAAGGAAAUUUAAAUCACCCAGAAUCAUACCACCUACAGAUGACACAUCGCCAACAUUUUGGAAUAUAGUUUCAUGUUUUUAAUGCAUGAUUAUUUGUAAAAACAAGAACAAUUCCAAGCAGAUACUGUUUGUUAACUCCUUUUGCAUGACAUCUUGUCCUGGUAUUUCACUUUUUUUUCCUUUUCUUUUCUUUGAACAUGAAUCGUGGCUGGGAACUCCCAUAAGUAAAGUAGCCUUCGUGCAUGAACCUUGUGAAAUUUAUUUUAGCGACUCAGAGGACUUUCGUUUUAUGUCUUGGUUUUCGGCCAAGGAACAUAGGAAUGAAACAUGACUGAGGACUCUCAGAGAAACUUCCGUUCAGUGUAUUACGAGAAAGUGGGGUUUCGUGGAGUUGAAGAAAAGAAAUCCUUGGAGAUUCUCCUCAAAGAUGACCGGCUGGAUAUCGAGAAACUUUGUACUUUUAGCCAGAGAUUCCCUCUCCCGUCCAUGUACCGUGCGUUGGUGUGGAAGGUGCUUCUAGGGAUCCUGCCUCCCCACCACGAGUCCCAUGCCCAGGUGAUGCUGUGCCGCAAGGAGCAGUUCUGUGACAUCCUGCACGCCCUGAAAGUCGUUCGCUUUGUCAGCGAGGCCACGCCUCAGGUUGAAGUCUAUCUCCGCAUGUACCAGCUGGAGUCUGGGAGGUUGCCUCGAAGUCCUUCCUUUCCACUGGAGCCGGAAGAUGAAGUAUUUCUAGCCAUUGCCAAAGCCGUGGAAGAGAUGGUAGAGGACAGUGUCCACUGUUACUGGAUCACCCGCUGCUUCGUGAACCAGUUAAAUAGCAAGUACCGGGAGUCCCUCCCCCAGCUGCCAAAGGCUUUUGAACAAUACCUGAAUCUGGAAGACAGCCGACUGCUGAGUCAUCUGAAGACGUGUGCGGCGCUGUCCAAACUUCCGUACGAUCUCUGGUUCAGGAGGUGCUUCGCAGGGUGCUUGCCUGAGUCCAGUUUACAGAGGGUUUGGGAUAAAGUUGUAAGUGGAUCCUGUAAGAUCUUAGUGUUUGUAGCUGUGGAGAUUCUGUUAACCUUUAAAAUAAAAGUAAUGGCUCUGAACAGCGCAGAGAAGAUAACGAAGUUUCUGGAAAAUAUCCCCCAGGACAGCUCGGACGCGAUCGUGAGCAAGGCCAUCGACUUGUGGCACAAGCACUGCGGGACCCCGGUGCACUCCGCCUGACCGCUGCCCGGCCGCCCCGAGCGUGUGCUCGCAGGGCCCGGCGGCCAACCGCAGUGAGCACCAGCGUCGUGCCUGGGCCCUCGCAGCCUACUUUUUUCCGGCGCAACGAUUCCCGACUCCCGGUGCCCUUGUGCGGCGGGGCAGCAUCUUUUGGCUGCACAGAAGUGCAGAGUUCAGCUCCGAGCAGAGCGGCGUAUGAAAGGGGUUAUUGGAAAACGGCUCCUCGUUCGCAAAGCGGCGGAGUCCAGGCCGGCGGGCGCCAUCAUGGGCAGUGUCCGGCCCGCCCACCCUGCUGCUGUCUCCUUAGCCCCGCGCCCGGUCCUUUCUGAGACGUAGUUCUGGAAUAAAGGACAGCUUCUUUUGUUGACAGCUCA